ACUCUUCUCCAAGUCAGACAUGGAUUCCAAAACAUCAUUCUGCGGUGCUCUCCUGCUACUUGCGGCGCUGCUGCCUCUUUCAGCUAGCGCGUCGAGCAAACUCUAUAUCGUGUAUAUGGGGGAAAAGAAGCAUGAUGACCCGUCCGUGGUCAUCGCGUCGCACCAUGACAUACUAACAUCUGUUUUUGGGAGCAAGGAUGAAGCCUUGAGGUCCAUAGUUUACAGUUACAAGCAUGGAUUUUCUGGGUUCGCAGCCAUGCUUACCAAGUCUCAAGCUGAGGCAAUCGCAAAAUUUCCCGAAGUUGUCACUGUGAAGCCAAACACUUUUCAUGAAACACACACAACUCGGAGCUGGGACUUCCUCGCCCUUGAACAUAACCAAGGACCACAACAACCGGGACUCCUCAAACAAGCGAAGUAUGGUGAAGAUGUCAUCGUGGGUGUGAUUGAUUCAGGCAUAUGGCCUGAAUCGCAAAGCUUUGAUGACAACGGGUAUGGUCCUGUGCCGGCACGGUGGAAAGGGAAAUGCCAGACUGGCCAGAAGUUCAACGCCACAAGUUGCAACCGAAAGAUCAUCGGCGCGCGGUGGUAUGGUCCUGGCAUCAGUGCAGAGGUGCUAAAGAGUGACUACAAGUCGCCUAGGGACAUCCAGGGCCAUGGCACACAUGUCGCAUCGACUAUCGCUGGCACGGAAGUGCAGGGUGUGAGCUACGGAGGCCUAGGCAUGGGCGUGGCACGCGGCGGGGCGCCACGUGCGCGGUUCGGUAUCUACAAGGCGUGCUGGGUGGGUGCGGGUUGCCCCGACGCAGCGGUCCUUGCGGCCAUCGAUGACGCCAUAUAUGAUGGUGUGGAUGUUUUGUCGCUAUCGAUUGCAGGGGUUGGUCAUGAGCUCCCAGGGACACUGCAUGCUGUGCAAAGAGGGAUAUCCGUCGUGUUUGGUGGAGGGAACGAUGGCCCGGUGCCACAGACUAUAAGUAAUGCCGUACCAUGGGUUACGACGGUGGCCGCUAGCACGAUUGACCGUUCUUUCCCGACGUUGAUAUCGCUCGGAAACAAAGAAAAGCUUGUGGGGCAGUCUAUAAACUACAAUGCGGCUAUGAACAACAGCGGCUUUCAGGACCUUGUAUAUGCGGGGAGCUGCGACGCCGAAUCACUGGCGUUGAGCAAUGUCACUGGCAAAACCGUCCUCUGUUACGCACCAGCCCAGACAGCCACCACGCCCCCCAGGCAAGCACUCCCUUUGGCAAUCAAAAGCACCGUCGAAGCAGGGGCCAAGGGCCUCAUCUUUGCACAGUACACAGCCAACAAUCUGGACCACCUGGCCACGUGCAAGGGAGUUAUGCCUUGCGCUCUGGUGGAUUUCGAGAUCGCACAACGAAUUCUCUCCUACUGGGACAUGACUGAGAAUCUGGUGGUGAAGGUGUCCCCGGCAGCAAGCGUUGUCGGAAACGGCGUGUUGUCGCCGAGGGUCGCCUCGUUCUCGUCCAGAGGUCCAAGCAUGUUGUUCCCUAGCAUACUCAAGCCCGACAUUGCUGCACCUGGCGUCAGCAUCUUGGCAGCUGACCGCAACUCCUACGUGUUCAAAUCCGGGACAUCCAUGGCGUGCCCACAUGUCUCCGCUGUGACCGCACUGCUCAAGUCGGUUCACCCUGGCUGGUCACCUGCCAUGAUCAAGUCUGCCAUCGUCAGCACAGCAUCUGUGACGGAUCGUUUUGGCAUGCCAAUCCAAGCAGAAGCGGUCCCAAGGAAACUAGCCGACCCCUUCGACUUUGGUGGUGGACAUAUUGACCCAGAAAGAGCUGUUGAUCCUGGCUUGGUUUACGACGUGGAUGCAAGGGAGUACAACAAGUUUUUCAACUGCACCCUUGGAUAUUUAGAUGGUUGUGAGUCCUACUACCUCAAUCUCAACCUCCCGUCAAUUGCCGUGCCAGACCUCAAAGACAAGGUGGUGCUUCAGCGCACUGUGACUAACGUUGGGCCGGCAGAAGCAACAUAUCAUUUAGUGGUUGAAGCUCCAGCGGGGAUAGAUGUGUUCGUGGAGCCAUCUGUGAUUAAUUUCACCCAAAGCGGUAGUAAAAGCGCGAAGUUUAUGGUGAGAUUCACAGCAAGGCAGAGAGUACAAGGUGGGUACACUUUCGGGAGCUUGACAUGGUCAGAUGGAGGUACUCGCUCAGUGAGAAUUCCUAUUGCGGUGCGGACUGUGAUACAAGACUUUGUUGCAGAUACAUCUUAAACUCCGAACUAGUUAUUGUACACCUUAUUUAUGUAUCCAUGUAGUUGGCAUAAAAAAUGUAGGAGAAACACCGAGUAUUAAAUUUGUAUUUCAUCACAGGAAAUGUUAUACUGGAAUAAUACGAUUC